CUUGAAGGCAAAACAAAUGAUGCACCGCUUCCAUGCCGCCACCGCGCUCGUGACGCGUCGGUCGUCAGCCUUCGCCUCCCAUUUGACGCUUCGCAAUGCGACGACCUCAUCACCGUCAUCGCCACCUCUCCGUGUUCUCUUCUUCGGCACGGACAACAUCUCGUUGGCAACGCUGAAGCGGCUGCAUGCAAGCAUGAUUGGGCAGUCAAAAGCGACGCAGCCUCCUUUGAUCCAAGACAUAGAGAUCAUUUGUCCUCCAGACAAGCACAUGGGCAAGGCUCGACACAAGGCGCCUGUUCCUGUCAAAGCGUUUGCGCUGGAGCACAAUUUGGUGGUCCACCACAUCCCUGACAACGUGAAAUCCCUCAAGGACUGGGCCAUGCCGCCUUCCGCUGCACCGUUCGACAUUGGCGUCGUCGUGUCCUUUGGCUACUUCAUUCAUCCACACAUGCUGGCGAAUGUCAAGCACGGCGCCAUCAACAUGCACCCGUCGCUAUUGCCCAAGUACCGAGGCCCGGCCCCCAUUCCCCGAGCGCUCUUGCAUGGUGAUACCACGACUGGCAUUUCUGUGAUCGAAAUCGAUCCGUUGGCGUUCGACGUGGGUCGUAUUCUUCUCCAAAAAGAACUGCCGAUUCCUCCAACCUCUACCUAUCACAGUUUGUCCGCGCACUUGGCCGAAGAAGGCGCCGAAUGCGUUGUGCAAGUGCUGCAAGAUCUAGACGAGAAAAAGAAGCACGCGGUGGUUCAAGACAACGCGGUAGCGACGACAGCUCCCAAGAUCAAGCGCGAGCACGGCAUCGUAACUUGGAACGAGCCCCAGGACCAGCUCUACAACGUAACUACUAUCACUUGUCGCAUGUCCUAGUCAUGCAUAUGCAGAUGUGGCGAGCGGUCGGCGAAACAGUUGGCGUCAUGUGUGCGUUUGCAUCCAAGUCCGUGAUGCUGAUUGAGAUGCACGUGCCGUCGGUGGCCGACGUCGCCGCCAUGGAGACGCACAUGGCCACAUGGACGUCGCCGCCUCAUCUGGACCAACUCGACGCCGGGUCGUUCUUCUAUGAUCGGUUUUACAAUGCGCUGUGGGUUCGUACGGCCGACACCAAAUGGGUGGUCGUGACGAAAGUGCAGCCGGCGGGCCGAAAAGUGUUUACGCCGGCGGACUUUGCCAAUCAAAACAAACUCCACCCGCGAACGCAGUACGAGUUCGACGCGGUGCUGAAGGAAUAAUAGUCACCGACAUAUAUGCCCAAAGCAGUUGAACCAACCCAACUAACUGUACACGGAUAGGACUUCGUAUUCCUACAAAUAUGUACUGUACAGUACAGUACAAACCUCA